AUGGCUCUCGUCAACGAUUCACAUAUUUCGAAGUCGACGCAACAGCUCCCAUCUGACGGGGACAUUGAAUCAGGAAACUCCGCUUUCUUAGCUCCAGACGCAUCGCUUUCCGUUUCCUCGUCGCCCUCUCAGAAGUCGCUUCCCCUAUUUUGCUGCGCGCCUCCUCUUGCGAGGAACGCAGUUUCCGCAAGUGACAGCGUCGAUGAGGAAAACCCGGGAGAGUUCACCGCGGUUUACCCUCCCGACUUGCACAUCGCCAACCCUAAGGAAGUAACCACCACUGCUGACGAAAUAGAGAAGCUUCGCAAGGACGAGAAGCAUCGUCAGAAGCGGCUUCGCCGGACCUGCUGCUGCCGCGUCGCAUGCUGGUCGCUCAUCGUCCUCACCGUCGUUAUCGUUGGAUUAGGCGUCGCAGGGCUCGUCGCAUACCUGACAGUCUCGAAGCAACAACCGGAGGUGAAGGUCGAGCAAAUCAACAUCAUCCGCGUCGGCAUCACGAAAUCCGGCGGCGGGUUCCUGGGCCUCGAAAACUUCCGCCUGGGCCUAUCCGCGUUAAUAAACGUCACCGCGCUCGUGUAUAACCCCAACAAUUGGGACGUGGAAGCGGAAGACAUCAGCAUCGACGUAAAAUUCUUCGACAUGCAUGUCGCGAAUGUGACCCUCCCUGGCGUUGUGGGCAUGAGCAAGGGUGGGAGCGCGCAGUUGACUGUCCCCCUUGAUAUUGUCGACGCGCCCCUGGCGACGCUGAGUCCCGCGAGCCUGCUGACGACGCCGCUGCUGCAUGGGCGCGCGGAAAUGCGGGUGGUGGUUGGCACUGCAGCGCGCGUGAAAUACUGGGGCAUCUCGUCGCCGCGCGUUAUGGUGCAUGUGGAAUGCACGAUGCAGCUGGACCCGUUUUCCGCUAAGAAGUACAACGAGCAGUGGAGGAGAGGAGGGAGCAGGGGGGGGAGGGAAACGGCCUAUUGGGCAGGGAGGAGAGGCGGGAACAGGGGGAAGCUGACAGUGGAGUUGGCAGCAGUGGGGGGAGCCGUUAGGAUGUCCCAAGCUGACGUGGUGGAUGCCACGUCAGCACUCGGCACUGGCCUGCGAUUGGUGGAUGAGGAGGUGCGGCUUCUGCAGCAGGAGACAGAAGAGGCGAGGCUGCAGGAGGAAAGGGAGGAGGAGUAG